AUGGCUCAAAGUCAAUACCCAGGAAUCCCGCCUCCCGAUGCAGAUGGAUUAUAUACACUUGACGAUAUCCCCAUGGGGAUGUCCCACGGCGCCUUUUAUCUACCAUAUCGCCUUACCCAGACGCAGCAAGUGUGGAACACUGUGGGAUUCAGCCUAACGCUCACAUCAUGUACCAUCAAUUUGGUUUUCCUCUGGGUCAUGCGAAAAGUGCCCAUGGCACCAGCCAAGGCCAUUGUCCUAAGUAUCUGCCUGACUGAUCUCAUCGCGGAUGGAGAUACCUGGUUUCGGCACUUCACGGCGUUGGUCUGGGGAUAUCAUAUUGGCGGUUACUAUACGUGCCAGAUUCAGGGGUUCACUAACGGAGUCUGGGGUUGUUGUGCUCAGUCCGUGAUGUUUGCAUUCACCCUGGAGCGGUAUGCGACUAUCGUGUGGAGGAAGACGGUAACGAUGCGACACAUAAAGAUUGUGAUUGCACUUAUUUUGGUGCUGUCCUUGUCUUGCGCCACGCUUCCCUUUGUGUUUGGGCGGGCCGCUGGGGUUAAUCCGGGAGCUACUUGGUGCAAUCCGCCAUGGUCCACUGGGACAUGGCAUGGCGCCGUGUGGGCCAGUCAAGGCGUAUUUUUUGUCGGAAUAGUACUUGUGGGAACUCUGUGGAUGUAUUGGCGCAUUUACAGCACAUUCGUCAACUCGUCAAAAGAAGUUCACGGUUUGAUUCCUACGGCCCUCGCUGGUGGAUCUACUUUUGCCCAGACCAACAUGGCUGCCGUAUCGUUUCUUGAAAAGGGAGAUACGCCAUCUAUGAUGGUCCCACCUCUUCCGAACGCGGAUGAAGAAGGACAUAAGCAGCCAUCAUCACCAGAGGUCCCGGAACAUCCGCCGACGGACCAUCAUACUCGAAGUAUCUCUGCACUUCCUCCGAUCCCUCGGCCAGCGGGCAAUGGGUCCGACCCCAAUUUGAUCAAAUCUUCAAAUGCAAACCAACUACCCUCCGUUACAUCACAACAAAGUCUCAUGUCAUUUCCUAGUAGGCUUUCCAAUGUGAAGCUAUCAAGCUCUCACUUGUCAUUGGCAGGAACGGUCAAGACGAGGUUGUUCCAGAAACCCGGCGAACGCCAAAGUCGAUCCCACAAAGACCGCCUUGCCCACCAAAGCAACGUAAUCGCCUAUGCACUCGCUAAACAGGCAUUUAUCAUCAUAUCAACCUACUACGUACUCAUGACCCCCAUUUUCUUGGUCAUUCUUUACAAUCUUGUUACAUGGCGGCCGGUUCCCGUCUGGGCAGAUUACUUAUCCUAUGUUACGGCGAUUUCUUACACACUUUGCAAUCCUAUUCUUUUCAUGACUCUAAAUAAGCAAUAUCGGCAGGCUGCUAUUGGAGAGUGGAAGACAUGGCAGCGGCGGUUUCAGAGCAUCUGGAGAAGUACAUAG